AGUCAUGUCUAAGGAAACAGAAAUAAUUAGAAAUUUCAAUAUUUGUUUGCCUAACUGAAUAAAUUAAAAUAAUUCAUGUUUUUAGUGUACAAUAUGCCAACAUCUAUAACACCCGAUUGGAAAAAAAUCGAAAUGAUAAAAAUCGUGCAAAAAUAUGAUGUUCUCUACAGAAGAGACAAAAGAAAGGAAAAGGUAGCAAAAGAAAGAGCAUGGCAGAUGGUUCUAAACGAAUUUUCCCACAUUGAUGGAGGAACAAACUUACAGACUUGCCAAAACGUGUGGAGGAGAAUUAGAGAAAAUUUUGUGGCCAGCCAACCGAACGUCUUGACACCGUACUUAAGAUUUUAAUUUAUUCAGUUAGGCAUUCAAGUAAAAAAUGGUGGGAAGCUAAUUUCUCAAAACUCAAAAAAUAAACUUAUAAAUUUGAGUGCUGUAAAAUUCGCUUUCCACCAAUGAAAUUUAGGUUAUUUCUAAUUCCCUUACCUUUAAUGUCUUUUUACGACAACG